CUGUCUCAGUUCAGUUUCUUAGAUUUCUUCUGUUCCUUGAAGGAUGAAUAAACAAGAAGUUAUGAAGAUGCAGACAUGGGUUCUCAAAGUGAAUAUACAGUGUAGUUGUGAUGGCUGUAAGCAGAAAAUCAAGAAACUAUUGCAGAAAAUUGAUGGAGUGUAUACUACUAGCAUAAAUGCAGAACAAGGGAAGGUAACAGUUACAGGAAAUGUUGAUCCAGCUAUACUCAUCAAGAAACUUGAGAAGUCAGGGAAACAUGCACAGCUAUGGGGAUCAGCUCAAAAGGGUUCAAACAAUUUCCCAAACCAACUCACCAACCAGUUCAAGAACAUGCAUAUGGGUGGUGGCAAAGGUGGGAAGGACAACAAAUCUCAAAAGGGUGGAGGAAAUAAUAACCAGCAAAAAGGUGGGCAGCAAUUUGCACCGCAGCAUAUGCAGCAAAUGACGGAAGGGUCUAAUGAUUUUAAGGUACCCUCUAAAGUCCAGAAAUCUGUGAAGUUCCAGUUGCCUGAGGAUGAUUUAGAUGAAGAUGAUGAUGAUUAUGAUGAGUUUGAUGAUGAAUUUGGUGAUGAGUUUGAUGAUGAUAAGGAGGAGGAGGAAUUUGGUCAUGGACAUGGCCACGGGCAUCAAAUGGAAAACAAGACGGGAAAGGGCCAUGGGCCAUAUGGGCCCAAUGGCAUGAUUAAUGGCCCUGUCAUGAACGGUAAAAAAGGAGGAGGCGGUGAGGAUAAUGGCAAGAAAGGCAUGGUUGGGAAGCACGGUAAUGAAGGAAAGAAAAGAGCUGGUGAAAAGAACAAAGGAGGGAAGCAAAACAAAGGGAGAGGAGAUAAAAAUGGUGGCAAAAAAGUAGGUGGUGGUUUACUAGGAUGUUUUAAGAAAGUAGGUGGUAAAAAAGAAUGUAGUCAUAAGAAAGGUAAAAUUGAAUGGGAUGGUAAAAAUAAUGGAGGCAAUGGAGCUAAAAAGGGUGGGGGCAAAAAUGAGGGUGGGGGCCAUGAGAUGAACAAAAUUAAAAAUGGUGGGUUUCAUGACAUUGAUGUUAUUAAUCAUGACAAAGGAGGUAGGAGAGGUGGUGGUGGUGGCGGCGGCGGCGGCGGCGGCGGCAGUAAAAAUAUGGGGCAGAUGGGCCAAAUGGGUGGUCAGAUGGGUCAAAUGGGUUAUAAUAUGAACCAAAUGGGACACUAUCCAAUGAGCCAGAUGGGUAAUUUUCCUGCAGUGCAAGGACUACCAGCAGCUGCAGCAAUGAAUGGUGGGUACUACCAAGGGAUGGGGCCAGGAAAUCCCUAUAAUCAACAUCAAUACAUGACCAUGAUGAUGAAUCAACAGCGUGCAAAUGGGAAUGGGGGGAUGUAUCAACCCAUGAUGUAUGCACAACCAUAUCCCCAUGCAUUUUAUGGUCCCCCUCCGAUGCAUGCUGCAAAUUCUGAAUCUUAUGUGCAUUUCUUUAGCGAUGAGAACCCAAACAGCUGCACUAUCAUGUAAAAUUUUUGCUUCUCUAGAGUGUUUAAUACAAGCUUGCAAGGUUAAAGAAGACAUUGCUUAUGUUUCUUGCCAAUGGGAAAAUUUUGUUUUUCCUAGAAAAUCAACACCUCAAACUAUGUAGAAGAAAAUGUAGGUAAAGUUUGAGGGAUACAGGAGGAGUAGUCAGAAAAGAAGGGGGUUUAUAGUUCAGUUGCUUUCUCAAAAGAUGUAUCAAAUGUAAUUUUAUA